AUGGCUUCCUCUGGAAAGUACCCGAGGAAGGUGACGGUCAGGUUCAAGAAGCUCGAGGAGAAGUCGCUUUGGAACUACGUCUCCCUCCACAGCAUCGACCUCGAAGGUCAGAUACGCCCAAGCAAAGAAGAGCUGGAGAUCAUCUGCGCAGAGCACUUCGCUCAGUGGGAGGUGGACGAGGAGAAGGUGGUGGAGUCAUGGAUCGCUCACAUGGACACUGACCGGGACGUCCGAGAACUGGGCGCCGUCAAAAAGCGCAACAACUCGGAGUUUUCUCCGUACGGUCCAUAUGGGCACGGAGAAGCUCCCGCGUUCGGGGGCGGUAGGGGGGGAGGGUUUGGGGGAAGCGGUUGCCCCUUGGACAUGGAAGGCGGCGUCCGCGGAGUCGUGCCUUCGGGGGAGCAGGUAGCGGCGAAGGUUACCAACACGAACGAAAACGGAUCUUGGAUUCUGGCGGAGAUAAUCCGCUACCUCGCGGGUCGUGCUUGCUACGAGGUGAAGGACGCAGAUGACCCCCUGAAGCAGAUAGAGGUGCCCGACAACAACGUCAUCCGCCUCAGGGAAGGCGGCCAAGGCUUCGCCAAGGGGGACGACGUACUGGCGGUGUUCCCGGACACAACGAGCUUCUACCGGGGCACCAUCAGCAAGCAACCCGUUCGGAAGGCGGGGCUGGUCGCCGAGCUUGUGGUUCAGUUCGAAGACGACGCGGAUCAAGACACGGGGAAGACCCCCCAUCGCAGGAUCAACUCCAAGCUCGUCCUCGCGCAGCCUGGCGGGCACUACGUGGUCUUGGCCAAAAGAAGGACGCCAACGUAA